AUGAAAGAGUACAAGACUGAUCGAAAGGUAUCCUUUGAGCCAACAAAAGAUACCAUAAUACUGGUGUCUGGAAGAGAGGAUUUCACUGAUGAGGAGAAAAAGUUAUAUUGGUAUUCUGCGCUAGAAAAGGAAAAAAUGCACGAUCAAUGCUUCAAAGAUGCCAUGCGACUGGAAUUAGAGGAAGUCAAGAACCCGUCGUGUUAUCGUGGAAUGGAACCUUUUACUACAGAAGGAGAACAGUCCUCGACAAAUGCUAUCAAUGCAUGCAUUGAUGCAGUUAUGGAUGAGCAGGAUAGACAAUGGGAGAGGCGCGAAGACGAUUAUGAUCGUAUCGCCGCAAUAUCACAGGAAGUCUCAAAAUGCAGCGUCGAUCGAGCAAUAAUGCGAGCCAUAGAAGAUGCAAGAGAAGCUAUAAGGAUAAAUAUCACUCCUAAGCAAAACGUGUCUGGAACAUCAGAACAUGCCCACAGAUCAUUGUCCUCUGAACCUGGUUUCGAAAUGAAGGAACCGGUGGUUACAAGAAAACAACGAGAGAUUUUUUCAAUGAUGAUAGAACAUGACAUGAUCUCAGGACACCGAAGAAGAGGACGAAACAAGAAAGAUUGCAGGUAUGAUUCAGACAAAAGCAGGGCCAAUAGAAGAAGGCUCCUCGAUAACAGAAUACCGUACAAAUGCUACUAG